AUGGUUAAUCAAACAUAUAGUGGUACAACUAAUAUGAAUUCAUCAUCAUCAUCAGAUCAAAAUAAGAAAAUUUUCCUCGGUGGUUUAAGUUAUAAUACUACUGAUGAAACAUUACGUACAUUUUGUUCUCGUUUUGGUACAAUGACUGAUUGUGUUGUUAUGAGAACUUCUGAUGGAAAAUCAAGAGGUUUUGGUUUUGUUACUUAUGCAGAUGUAUCAUCUGUCGAAGAUUUUAUGCGUUCUAGACCACAUACAAUUGAUAAUCGUCAAAUAGAUUCAAAACGAGCUAUGCCACGUGAAGAUCAAAAUAGUGCUGAAUCACAUUUAACAGUAAAAAAAUUAUUUGUUGCUGGUUUACGUGAUGGUAUUGAUGAAGCAUGUCUUCGAGAAUAUUUUUCUCGUUUUGGAAAUAUUACUGAAAUUCUUGUUAUGAAUGAUCGUGAUGGUAAACCUCGUGGUUUUGCUUUUGUUUCAUUUGAUGAUUAUGAUGCUGUUGAUAAAGUUAUUCUUGAAAAACCACAUUUAAUUAAUGGUCGAACUUUAGAUGUUAAAAAAGCUGUACCUAAAGAAAAAAUGCAAGAAAUAGCAAAUUCAACUGGAAUUAAUAAUAAUAGAAAUUAUAAUCAACGUAAUAAUUUUGAAUCAAUACGAAAUAAUAAUGAAAAUGAUUGGAAUAAUCAAUCAUCAUCAUCAUCAUAUGGUCAACAAGGAUAUAAUUCAAAUGAAUCAAAUUUUAAUCAAACAAUACCAUCAAAUACAGGUAUUUAUCCUUCAUCAUAUAAUUCAAUAGGACAAGAUCAAUUACCACAAUCAUCAAUGAUGAAUUAUAAUUCAUAUAAUACAAAUACAAAUAUGCCUUAUAAUAAUAAUAAUGAUAAUCCAAAUUUUAUGCCAUCAUCUUAUGGAACAAAUCAACAACAACAACAACAAGGUUAUGAUACAAAUCCAAAUAGUUUUAAUAAUAUGAAUAAUCCAUUUUCUUUACCAUCACAACAAACUAAUACUAGUGGUUAUAAUACUAAUUCAUCUAUGUCAAAUCCAUUUGAUAAUACAAAUUUAUAUGAUAAUACUUCACAAAAUUAUAAUGAUAAUGGAAUGAAUUAUUAUAAUAAUAUGCCAUCACAACAAUCAUCACGUGGAAGUGGUCCUAUGCGUGGUAAACGAGGUCGAGGAGGUGGUCCAUCUGGAAAUAAUAAUUCAUCAAGUUUUGGUAAUCGUUCAGGACCCUAUUCAAAACGUGGUAGUAGUCGAGGUGGUGGUGGUGUAUCAAAUUUUAAUAGUCGUGGUCGAGGUCGUGGUCAAUAA